GCUCCUCUAUUUCAAAUUAUCCAUAAGUCAACAGCACAUCCCGCCCGCUGCUGCAAACCGCGAUAGUAAUCGAUAUUAAAGAAGCUAGGCACUCCCGCUCUCCAGCUUCAUUUGCAUAGUCGACUGGCAUCUCUCAUCGAAUCAUCUUGGACAUUUUUUGAGUCUCAACUUUAAGGAAAACAUCGGAAAUGAUGGCGCAUUUGACAGUUAGAAGAUGUUGGAUGGCUUGUAUUAUUUUACUGGCAUUGGCCACUUUCACGCUUGCCCGUCCACCUCAGGAAAAUCAGCCAAUGACAAUCCGCUUCUGCGGACGUGAUUUGAUCAGAGCCAUAGACGAGGUCUGCGUCGCAAUCAAAAGCCCAGCAGCUUUUAUCGAUCCGGUGGCCCUCAAUCAGUCGUCGUCCUUGGCUGACUCUGAAUCAGCCGACACUCGGUUGAGAAAGUGGACGGAAUUGGAAGACGAGAAAAGCGAUUCGCUUCUGCGUCAGUGUUGCGUGAUUGGCUGCACGGACAACGACUUGACUACUUUCUGCCAGAUCGACAGGAAUCAAAUAAUGGGAGCGGCGAUGCAUCUGAGGAGUCAAGAAUGGGAUAUGGAUUGGCUCUACGAAUUUCUACCGCGACAUGGAGACGUUCCGACUAACGCCUAAUUUUUUUCCCCCAUAUUAUUUCGUUAAAUAUUUCGCCUCUAUGAUAAUUGUAGACGUACUUCUUGUAAUAAAAAUCGAUGUCUAAGUUU